GAAUCUAUUCUUAGUGAACUAUUCAACAAAAAAACCUUAAAACGAAAACAUAAUAAAUUGAAGAAACAAAAAAAAAUUACCAAGUACAAAGAACUUUACGAAAAAUAUAAAAAACUUUACACAAAUGAGAAAAAACAAAAUGGAGAAUAUAUUUCUCUUUUGAAUGAUGCUUGUGACUAUUUUGGGAAAUCUUGGAGAGAGUUUCUUAAUGAUAUUAAAGAAGCAAAACAAUUUGACGAUUAUUCGAGAUAUCUUGUGAAUGAUAUCUUGAAAGAAGAUCAAGUCGAUAACGAAAUAAAAGAAGUUAUCGACUUAACAAAUGAAGGUUUCAUCAACAAAGUUGGUGAGAAAGGAGAAGAAGAUUUUGAUUACUAUUUUAAGCUCGAUAAGAAUAAUACGCUUCUUCGCUCACAAGUUGAGGUCGAAGUUGCUAAUAAUCGAUUUCUUGAACCAACAUCGAUU